AUGAAACGAGAUAUUAACUUCCAUCCGAUCAGUAACAAACAAAUAACUGAAUAUGCAGAAAAUCAAGAAGGUCGAAAGCAUUCAAACGACACAUUAAAAUCCGUCGUUGAAACCGUUUCACUGGACGAUGGCAAAAUAAAAUUGAAACGCCAGCUGGGAACUGCCUAUGCUGUGGCCAUCCUAGUUGGAUUGGUUGUUGGCAGCGGCGUCUACAUAACACCACAGGGAGUUUUAAAGCAAGCUGGAUCACCGGGACUGUCGUUAAUUAUUUGGGUUGUUGGAGGAAUUUUCUCAUUGAUUGGAGCCCUGGUUUACGCCGAAAUUGGGAUAAAAUUUCCAGUUUCCGGUGAGAAAUAUAUCUACCUUACGGAAAUGUACGGUCCUUACUUGGGAUUCUUGUACUUGGCGAUGUACAUGCUGCUCUUGAGGCCUGGAAGCAAUUCUUUGAAGGUUUUGAUUCUUGGUAGGUAUCUUUUGAAACCCUUGUACCCUGAUUGCGAAAUCCCGGAAAUUGUCAUCAAACUCCUGGCUACAUUCAUAUCUAUUCUGAUUUGCGUUUUCAACUGCAUAAGUGUGAAGUUCGCAGCCAGAGGUCAAAGUGUCAUGACCUUUUUAACAAUUCUCACACUCCUUUUAAUAGUGGCUCUUGGCAUUCACGUUAAUAUCACAGAUGGGGGUGAUCACUUCAAAGAGCCAUUUCAGAACUCGACUUUUAACAUUGGGAAUUUAGUAAUGGCGUACUACUCCACUGUAUUCGCGUACGGUGGCUGGGCAGCAUUGAAUUUCCUCGUGGAAGAAAUUAAAGAUCCAAAAAAAACUCUUCCAAAAGCAAUAGUGAUAAGUUGUCUGUUACUGACCGUGCUCUACACCCUGGUCAACUACUCUUACAUGGCGGUUCUUGGAAGGGAGGGUGUCCUCGCCUCGGAUGCCGUCGCCAUCAGUCUGGCAUUGAGAAUCUGGAAACCACUGGCCUUUUUCAUAUUAGCGUUUGUUGGGGCACGGAAUGGUCACCUACCACAGAUGAUAUCUUACGUUAGCAUAUCUCAAGUGACGCCAAUUAUAUCACUUGCUUUGCAGGCAAUAUUGAUUUGGAGCUUUGUGUGGUUCAUGAAUGUUGAUUUCAUAAUAUACAACGUGACUUUCUGCGCGGUCAUCUUCGACCUGUUCGUCGUCGCGGGAUACAUCAGAAUCCGGUACAGAAAUAGCAAGAAUAACACGGACGAUAACACUCUGAAGCUACCUCUAGCUCUCCACAUGACAUAUGCCACUUCGUUGGUUGUCAUCUCGUUCGUGCCACUGGUUUUCGAUGUUUUAUUCAACGUGUCAUUGAAAUAUAGAUUGAGUUUGUUUAACAUCUGCUGA